AUGGAGAAGGAAGAGGGAAGUGGCGUCAGUGCGACCGUGGAUAAAAUACAACGAGAGAAUAACAUUCCAAAGAACGCGAGCGAGUCGGAUUUUACGUACACGACGAAUUUUGAGAUGCAGCAGCAAAACUCGUCGGGGGGGUCGCUCGCGCGGCGAGAAAACGCCGGGUCUUCCGAACCGAGUAGUAAGCCGAAUAAACCGUCUUUGUUGAACCCGAAUAAGAAUAAUAAUACUAAUAAUAACAACAACGACAAAAACGCCGGGGAGAGCGCGAAACCGGCCGGCACCGACGCUACGACGAUGACGACGACCGAUGCGAAGCAGCGGGAUACCGCGUCUCCGAGUCGACGCGAAUCGGGACGACUCAAGUCAUUACACGUGCAAAGAGCGACGUUGGAUGCGGAAGCCAAAGCGAGAGCGUUGAAGUUCACGUGUUCGUUGUUCCCGCGCGCGAAUAUUCGCGUGAAAUAUCUCGGCAUGGUGGACGAGAAAAUAGCCGAGCAAAUGGACGUGGAAAAGUUGGCAAAGGAACAUUACAAAGAAGGAGGAAACGUUCAUCCAACUUCCUCGAAUACCAAUAACACUUCCUCGAACGACGAAGAGAAGAACGAAAUGUUGAAACCGCUCGGGUAUAGGUGCGAAGGGACGUUGUUUUCCGAACCGUUUGAAGCGACCAUCGAUGAAAGCGGGUACCACUUUGUUCGAUGGGGUGCGGAAGGCGAAGGCAGACGCGUCGUGGAGACGCCGUGCUCCACGUCUACUUCUCAAAAAGCAGAAGAGACGUCAGAGAAACAACAACAACAACAGCAACAACCAGAAACCUCGAAUAACGACAGCAGCGAAACGACGACGACGACGACGACGGCGAACAAGAAAGGGUUAUUAGACGUGGACGAGGCAGUAAAGUGCAUCGUCGAAGAAAUCGCGCGCCGGUUCGAGAAUAAAAUCCCGGGUAUGAAACCAUCCUCAUCAUCGUCGUUAAAAUUGAACACUGGAAAUAGCAACAACAACAACAACGGAAACGGUGGUCGUCUGUGUUCCAACUGCGGCGCCGGGAGCAACUCGACGCCGUUGAUGCGCAGAGGUCCAGACGGCGUGCGUUCGUUAUGCAACGCGUGCGGUUUGUGGUACGCUCGAAGAGGAACGCAACGUCCCAUCGAAGGCGGGAGCGUCGCCGAGAGAGAAGCCAAGGCGGCGAAAGAAACUAUGGCCGCUGCGGCCGCCGCCGGAGAAGAACAAGGUGGCGACGGCGAGUUCAACAAACGAACGAAAGAAGAAGAAGAUGAAGCAAAACGACAACUCGAGAAAGAGAUUGAAGAAAAAGAGAAGUUGGCUCGAAUUGUUCCCAAGAUUGAGAGUCUGAAUGGCUUCGCCGUCUUUGGAUACCACGAGCACAUCGUUCAAGACGCGCUCCGAGCACACAUCAUCGCGAAGUACGCUCCAUCUAUGGGCAUGGACGUUCUCAUGGCAGCCGGGAUGCAUAAAUACGGGCGAUACGAAACAUCCUUUAUGUUGUCGAACGGCGGGAAGAACCAACCGGCGCAACAGAGACGCUCUUCGAAGCGCGAACGCAAAGAAAUUACAAAGUUUGUCGAUGUUGCGUAUACGAACGCUCCACAGAAGCGAAAAACGAACGCGUCGUCAAAGACAGCUGCGAAAAGGCUCAAAGCGCAACAAGCGAGCGAAGAAAAAGCGGCGAAGAAAGCCGCCACCGCUUCUGCCGGUGCUUCUGCCGGCGGCGGAGCAGUUACGAAGAAAGUGGGCAUGCGGAAGAACGCAUCAGACCGAUCCAUGGCGGAUCAGUUCUUCGGCUUGAACGAUUCUUUCCACGAACGGCCGAUCAGUUCAAAUAACAAUAACCAAAACGUUCAGCAAGAACAACGACAACCAACCGCCGCGGAGGAUUUACAAUCCUGGGAAAACGUCCUCUUCAGUAACGGGUUCGGAGGGGAACCAUUGUACACAAAUAUCAUCCCCGGAAACCAACAACGACAUCAAGAACACCAUCAAAGCAACACUAUGUUUUUCGCCGCCGAACAAUAUCAGUAA